CUUCAGCGCUACUCUCUGCCUUAACUUUGUGAAGAAGUGCAGUGUAAUCAAACGAAUCAGUGAAAAAAGUUCUAUACUGGUGAUAAUAAUUGCAGAAGUGCUUUGAUUCAUUAAGGAAUAAAACAUUACAAAUUGAUCGAAUUCGUACUCCAAAAAUUUUGAGAACACCACAAGGAAAACUUAUAUGUUGUAAUUUACAACAUCAACAAUUUUUCUCUUCGAUGCUUUAAUUGCGAAUUCUACGUCAUUUCUAAAUCCCUCUGUUCACUUUGUAAACUAAAAUCGCUCUCACAACACCUUCUAAAUCUCAUAUCAACAUUUUGAAUGAUUAUUAGACUAAAGAAUCAUCAUGAGAGGCUGGAUGACACUCACACACAUCCUCUGGACAGCUCUGUACUGCCACUGCUCUGCGACACUCUCACCGCCUCUACCCUCAACCUAUUACGCUCCUUUCCCUUCUUUUUCCAAUAACUCCACCGCUCCCUUUCUUACCGUCGAUGAUAUAAUUUCAUUUAUGCGUGAUUCAGCGAAGGCAAACUCUUUUUCUACGUCGGUGGGAAGACAGAAAAUUCAAUCGAAUCGCUCAAUUCAGAAUGCCACUCUGUCUCCCCAUCACACUUCAGAGCAGCUGCUUCGAGUCUGGGGAGACGGGCCACAAAAUAAUCCGAAACAACAAGCUAACCCUGCAACUACAACACAAGAAGAAAUAUUCCAGCAACAACAAUCGUCCGUGCAAUGGCACUCAACUGAACACAGAGAGCGAGGUGGGACAAAUAACCUGGCGAGUCGACUUGACCGCAGUCCUCAGGAGAGAGGUCGCAGAAAGAAACGAGGUGCUGAGUUGGAAAGGUCACUGCGCUCAAAUGCAGACCGAAAACGAUCCGUUUAUGAAAACAUUCCACCCAUCACCAGUCAGCGACGUCGAUCCUUGGAAGUCCAGAACUCAGAACAAGAUGAGGAAGUCCACCACAAUCAGAGACUCAAUCAAAUUUAUUUGUCAGGAAGCCUUCGAGGAAGCUCAUCAGACUAUUUCUUGCGAGACAACUUGCACCGGAGUGAGACAAUGUCUACCGAACUGCCCCCAUUCAUCCCUAAGGGUAAAAGUCCAAGUGUCUUCAGCCCAAGCAACGUCCACGAGGGUCUCCGGUGCCGGCGAAAUGCAAUACAAAGUUAUCGAUCACGCACAUGGACUAUAAAUUCGAACGAGUGGAACAAUCAAUCCACCGGACGGAAUAGGAGAUCAACUGUGAGGUGCAAGCGCAGGAGUUUUCUAGGUGUUGGUCCUCCAUCAUUCCACGUGUCUUCGCCGAAGAAUAUUACGGCUCAACUGGGUGCCAGUGCCUACCUACCAUGCAGGAUAAAAAACCUCGGCAAUAAAUCUGUUUCGUGGUUCCGGAAGCGGGACUCGCACAUCCUAACGGUGGAUCGCAACACAUUCAUCGCUGACGAUCGCUUCAGCGCCUGGCACGAGGGAGGCACACAGUCCUGGACUCUACGGAUCCAGUACGCCCAGUUCCGGGACGCCGGCGACUACGAGUGCCAAGUCUCAACCAUAUGCAAACGACAUUCCGCAGAAGUUUCCACUCAGCCCAAAGAACCCUCAGCCGUGAUCUCAGGCACUCAGGACCAGUUCGUGCGUGCCGGCAGCACAGUGACGCUAACAUGUGAGCUGCACAACACGGUUGAGGAGCCCAGCUUCAUAUUCUGGUAUCAGGACGGCACGCGUCUCAUCCACGCGGCGGGAGGGCGGCUCGUGAUCGGCGCAGCGGUGCGCGUGGCCAGCGACCGCCACGCGUCCUCACUGACCAUCCGACGCGCGGCGCCGCGGGACUCCGGCAACUACACGUGCGCCCCCGCGUCCAUUGACCCCGCCAGCGUGACGCUGCACGUGCUGCAUGACGAGCAUCCAGCAGCAAUGCAACAUGGCACAACCAACAGAGGCCCUGCAGCUGUGGCAGCGACUACAGCUGUAACAGCUGUUGUUGUCUGCCAAUUGGUCAUGUCUGCGAAUGUUCAACAGCCGUCAACCUACAGCCUCUUGGCCCUCGUUUGCUGGACAGCUUUCUCGACAUCGAGCAUUGCGCUCAGUUUCUGCUUUAACGUCAUAAAGGUUUUUGACAUUCACAACUGCGUGCGUAAUUUUGUUUCGAUAACACAAAGAAACAAACAAAGGGAGAUUGAUAAAGAAGGGAACCCGACAGCUUCGAAGACGUGGCCCCAGAAUCCCGACUUUCUGGAGGUUACAGAAGUCGUUUGUAAGCUCGAGUCUCCCAGGGAAGUCAGAACGUCUAAAACAUGACUAGCUUAUUGACUCCUCUUCGAAUGAACGCGGGUUUUGAUACGGCGAUGAGACAUUUGCUGUGAUUAAAUUCUUCAAGUAUUCAUGCUUAAAUUAUGUUCAAAAAUUUCACCAAGAAAGUCUUAAAAAUAGGUUUUCUUACUUUGUUAAUUUAGAUUUCUUUUUGUUUCACUAAUUUUCGACAAGAUGAACGAAUACAACACCGUUUGUAAAAUAGCGCUGGGGAAUGACUAAAAUUUUCAGUUCAUCAAAAAUUAGCUAUAUCCAUUCAUCACCAAAUGCUUCAUAUGAUUAAUGCAAACCAACUAACUUUCGUCGACAAGUUACAUGGAUUUUUGAGCAACGCUACCAUGCAUGACAUCCAAGCUUCAAUUAAAAAUUUGUUCAGC